AGUGAUUGCGGUUAAUAAACUGUGUAUUGUUUUUGAGUAUUUGAUAAACCAUAACAUUCCGCAUUCAACAAUAUACAUUACUGAUCUUUUUAAAAUUUGGCCGUUUAUUUUUCUCGAUACUUUCGACAGUUUUUUUUUUUUUUAGUGACAAGUUAUUGUGUAAAUGAUACUAGAUCUGUAUUUUAUUUAAAUCUUAUUUUUAUAAAUAUUUUUUUUAAAAUAAUUUUUAAAAUGUGUGAUCAAGGAUUACAAGUUACACCUGUCAAAAAAAAUAAAAGAGGCGAGGUUAUUCGAAGUAAAAAAAAAAAACUAGUUAUAAAUCUUUAUAAAAAUAAGAAGGAAAAUGAACCUAACAUAUUAUACAAGCAGUUAAUAAAAGAAUUAAUGAAUGAAACUGGAAUAGGAAAAAAUAGUAUUGAAAAAAUUAUUUCAGAAUAUAAUACAAAUAAACCCAUUUCUUCUCCGAUUAUGAAGAGAGUCAGACCAAAAAUUAUCGAAGUGAUAAAUGAUUUUUAUAAAAAUGCCAUUCGACAAAAAGUGCAUUCAUUUUGGCUAAACCGUGACCCACCAACAUUAGAUAAAAUCGUAAAUGCUGCCUCUAAAGACGACAGUUUACCUAAAUUGAAACGGACAACUAUGUACAAUCUUCUUAAAGAUUUAAAUUAUGUAUAUACGAAAAGAAAACGAAAUAGUGUUUUAUCUGAGGGAGAAGAUUUAGUUAUAUGGCGUCGAAAGUAUUUACGAAGUAUAAAAAAAUUCCGAGAAGAAGGACGAACAUUGUAUUAUUUGGGUGAAACGUGGUGUAAUGACUUUUCACAAAAGUUAUGGGUAGAAAAUACCAUAAAAUCAAAUAGCGAUUUAUUACAAAAAAAAUUAUCAAGUGCAAGCAACUCAGCUAACAAAAACAAAGAUUAUAUUAUUAUUAUACAUAUUGGUUCACGAGAAGGAUUUGUUAAAGGUGGUUUACAUUGUCUCGAAUUUAAGACCAAUAUCAAUGACUACCUUAAAGAAAUGAACAGUGAAAAAUUUUUAGAAUGGUUUAAAAAUAUAUUGCCUUUAUUAAACGAUAAUGCAGUCAUAAUAAUGGAUAAUGCUCCUUAUCAUAACAUGAAGACAGAACAAAUUCCAGAUUCAUCGUGGAAAAAAGAAAAUAUUAUAAAGUGGCUCCAAGAGAAAAAUGUUCAAGUUGAUGAUUCGUUUGUUAUAGCAGAGCUAUUGGAUCUAGUACGAAAACAUAAAUCAGCUUACGAUAAAUAUGUUGUAGAUGAAGUAGCCAAGGCAGAAAAUAAAAUUGUUUUGCGAAUACCACCAUACCACUCGGAAUUAAACCCAAUUGAACUAGCAUGGUCCAUAGUCAAAGGAUAUGUAAGAAAUAAAAAUACCACUUUCAAAAUGAAUGACGUAAAACAGUUGAUGUUUGAAGGUGUUAAAUCUGUCACAUCGGAAGAUUGGCGAAAUGCAGAGGAUUAUACAAUUAAUGAAGAAGCUAAAUUCUGGGAAGUAGAUAACAUAGUUGAUGACUUCAUGGAUGAUGAGUAUUCUUGUAUAUUCAAAGACGAAACAAGCGAUGAUAUGUCAAGUGACUGCAGUGAUAUGUAAUUUAAAAAAUAUAAAUAACGAUGUAUAUUAUAAGUAUUAUUAAUGUAUAUUGUAUAUAUAUUUUUUAAUUAGUUAAAUUAUAUUUU